UGGCGGAGGCGUGUCGGUGUCCCACCUGUUGUCCCACCUUUGGACCGGUGUGUGGGACAACAAAGUGCCGCCGGCGCCUGGCAACCGCCUGGCGGUAUCAAUGGACCGGGUGGGUAACGUGACGCGGGACCAUGCAAUCGGGAAGGCUGGGCGCUAGUGUGUAGUCGUGCCGACAGCGGAGAGCACAGCACACGCUGACUUACUCUCUCACUUCCUGCGAUUGCCUACGCCGGAUCUGAGCGCUCAAAAUUCUUUUGGAUCACCUAUAAACUUGCCCAACCUCAAGUCCUGAUCGCAGAUUGUUUUAGCGUCAGCUGAGCGAUCGUUCACAACUUUUGCAGCGGCACAACCACGUCAACCUUUCACGGCGAUCUUAUCGGGCCACGAAACACGAGGCGUAGUUGACGUUCCACGCCCCUGACAUUGAAUAGCAGACGUUGUGUGAGCGUUGGUUGGUUGCUGGGGUGGGGGGCGUUGCUAACAUGUCCUACCGACGUUGUUGUGUCACCUGAAGUCAGUCAUCAGGACGACAGCAUGGCUGCCAGGUGUCUGGUGGCCUUCCAACAUGUGGACACGGAGUCCAAGAAAAUCCUCAGGAAACAUGCCAAGAACCGUCCUUUAGGAGACCUCCACCACAAGUACCAGGACGUGUCCCCUCCCCCGGAGGAUGUUCUCACCUGUACAGGUGUGGAGGCACAGCUGCUGCGCAGGUCUCACCUGUCCAAACCCAAGUCUGCCUCACAACUCAUCGACGAGCAGCAGAGAGCUGUGCACAAUGCCUUAAACAGGGGAACAAAAUCUGCAGGAGCAGGGAGAAGAGAAGGCCCAGCUAUAGCUAGUGGUCGGUCCAGUAGCAGCAGUAACCAGAGCACAACACCAGCCAUGAAGAGACCUAGAAGUGUGAUGGAGACAGGGAAACAGAGUUCUCUGUCUCUUAGGAGCCAAAAAUCAGUGUGGAAAGUUAAGUCCAGUGUGCCAAAGGACCUGCCUGACGACAGGGCCUACAUGAGAGUGAGGAUGGACCCUGUGGACAAGGCCUGGGUCCGCAGUAGGUCAUUAGGAGACCUCAGCGACCAAUCAAAAGAGAUGAACAGAUCUGAGCUUCAGCCAUCGCGAGCGACCACUGGGUACGUGAAGUUCCAACAGAUGAGGAACAAGGCGAAGAACGGGGUUGGUUAUGACACCUCGGCAAUCUACCUGUCCUUCGCUGGAGGGGAGGAGGAGAAGGACGUGGGUGUAGUGGAUGCCUUCACUGACAAAGAACCUGGUGAGUACUACAGUAUCGAAGGUCAUGCGGGGUCAAAGAUCGCUGACCAGCUUCGCCAGGGGAACAAGAUUCGUAUCGGAAUCAACGGAGAGGUCAUGUCACACGGUCUCCGAGUACGCACACGCAGCAAGGAGGACUCCCCGAGAAGUGAGCAGGAUCAUCUGGACCUGUACCGUGAUGACUGGGACAGCAGUAGUAACUCCACAGACAUGGAGAGAGUUCCGCUGUGCUGGGAGGACCAGGUCAGCAGGCCGGGGUCACGGCUCCUGGCACCACGCUCAGAGAAGAGGGAAGUACCCAGACCUCCAAUGUCAGGCUGCCAACCCGUGAUGUUUGACAAACUGAUCCGGCACGACAUGUUCCCGCCCAACUUUGUCCACGUGGGAGCCGCCAGCCCUCCGAGCAGCACAGGAAAACCGUCCGGGCAGUUCCGCGUCAAGCAGAGAACCAAGUUAAAGCCGACCUUCAACGGCGCGACUCCGUCCAGCAGCCAGAUCACUGUCAUCAGUAUCGACAACUGGAACGAGGAACUCAUGAGCGAGGAGAGACAGCAGAAGGAGUACGACGAGGUUCUAUGGGACAAGGUGAUUCAUGGGAAGGCUCGGAACGAACUCCUGGGCGGGGCUAAGACUCCGUCCGUCGGUCAGACAAUCUUGCCGGAGAAGCGUGCGAGGUCGCCGAGACAGCGCGAGGAAGCGAGAAGUGCGGGGCAGAGAAGUAGUAGGUUAAGUUUUACAGACGGGUAUGAUAAUGUUGGUAAGAAGCUGGGGGUGGUGAGACAGCAGGCCAUCCCGUCGGGUAAGUACAGCAGUGGUAGUAGUGUGGACUUUAAUUAUGUGGGAAACGGGAUGAACCCCAUCCCAGGGACACUUAGCGCAGCCACCCCGGCUAACAGCCCCAGGGUUGGGUUUGUGGGCACAGUUAAGCCAAUGCCGUCCAAGCCAUUGUACAGGAAUGGUGUUGCCAGUAUAAGUGUGCACGGUAUCCAGGGAGACCUGAACUAUAUCCAGAUUGCGCAGCCGCUGACAGCACCGGUCGGGCCGCUGGGCUUGCAACAUGUUGACUCGGGCAGCUACAGCACGCUGUACAGGUACAGCGCCACGGUAAGAGAAGCCAUGGGAGCGGUCGGCAAUCCCGUCCGCCCUUUCUCAACGUCCACCAAUGUUUUCCACAGCCAGGAGCCAGGUGCGGAGUAUGAGGUAUUCGAGCAGGAACAAUUCGUGCCAAGUCGAGGAUCCACAGCAAAGAGUAAGUCGUCCCAGGGGCAGCAGCAUGUUAGGUUUGUGGAGGACUUGCCUUCGCGCACAGGCACGCCUGACCAAAGGCCACCGUCACGACAUACGCCAUCCCCUCCUGCUCCGUCCAACUCGCCAGACCGUGUUGGCUCGGUGACUCCCUCGAUCCUGCUGUCGUCUGCUCUCGCUGACGAGGGUGAUGCGCAGAAGGCAGAGGACAGGGUUCAAACCCCGGAGGCUGGGAUGGACAGCUCCAGAAGACCAACCCUAACGUUAGACUCCAUCGUUAUACCAACUGCAGGAGAAACAGAGUCCGAUACGUACUCCAACUGUGACCACACCACCGUUGACACCUCCGUCCCAUCCCACACAACCCUUCGCGAAACAUUAGACGUCGAAGAUGAAGACGAUGAUAGUGACGAGGAGAGGUCCGAGUCUCCGACCUUGAGGUACACGACCUUCAAAGGUGAGAGACCAGGGUCGGCUACUGAGGAACAGUUGAACAAAGUGGCCUCCAUGAUCGCUAAAACGGUUGUCGGACAGGCGGCGUCAGGGGAUGAAGGGAAUGAAUCUGAUGAUGAUGAUGAACAGUUGAUGCAAGAUGACGAAAGAAGCUCGGUGAAGAGUUCGGUGUUUUCCGAGUCUCUGGACGGAGAAAGCAGGAAGACGAGGAGCAUCAGCAGGAUUGACAGCGGCUCCCAGUAUUCUUCUGAUGACCUGCAGGUCUCGCAGGAGACUCAGGAGCUUCUGGACUCAGUGUCCAAAAUGCCUGCCACGGAUGCACCACAGGUCGCAGACUUGUUGUCGUACGAACCAGACAAGCCCGGGCAGAAGGAGCUGGCAGAACUGAGGGGUCAGAUUAAGGAGGACUUGAAACGGACGCAGCAGGAAACACAGAAGGACAUACAGGACAUCUACAUGAAACAGUACGCGUGAGGAAAAUCCACCCACAAACGUCAUUUGAAAAUCUCAAUUUGCUUCAAGAUUUGAAGGGUAUGCAAGAAACCUCAUCAGCUAAGGGCCUCAGAUGGAGCAAACAGCCCCAGGGUUGGAAUUUCGCUGGUCAUAUCACCGACAAAAAUUUUACCUAAUAUGUCGUCUUUACAGGACAAAAGUGGUUAAAGAAUGUGUAAGAAAAAUAGAGAGUCUACCAGUAAAAUUUGCCCCUCAAAAUUCUGGAAAUAGAAUUUCAGAGAAUCAAGAUCGAUUUCAAAAUUUCCCCGGACGCACCUAAGGUUGUCAUAACACAACACAAUUGAGAUGACAGAAAAAUUCAGGCUGGUAGAACACAAUGUCUUCCUUUUAUAACCAUGACAAAGAGUCGUCUCCAAAUAUUGGAGACAAAGAAGGGCAUACCAUGACACUUGGAGUUAGACAACAUCGAGACAAAACUAGUACUGUAAGAAGUUACGUGCCAAAAACAAACAAACAGACGUUACACCUCUUCCUGUACUCUGGUUUAGGCUGCAAUGGCUCAACUUUGCCAGGUUUGAGAUGUAGGUUCGGUAGAUGUAAGGAGCUUCUCUAUUUUGUAAUAAGGCUUAUUUUGCUAUUGUUGCAUAAUGAUCCAUUUUGGCGUAGUAAACUUUUGCAUAAUGGAUAUACUGUUUGUAGUUUGUAAUUUUUUAUUGCUUGUUUCUUAUGGAGUACUUAUUGUGUUAUUGCAAAGAGGCCACCUUUGUUGGAUGUAAAUAUUAUCCUGACCUGUGGUAUAAUAUUUAGAUUGUAAAUACUUACGAGCAAAUUUCUAAUGGAUAACAGUAGGAUUUCAUUUAUGUGAUAGAAUGUGAGUAGUUUUGUAUGAAGUUGCUGCUAUUAUAAAUUUGAUAUCACAAUAACAGUGUGAUUCCUUUUAAAAUACAAUCAUAAAAUGGUUGUUUUUACGAGGUUAAUAUUUAUACAUAUCAUGCCCCUAAUAAGUAAUUUUUGUGUGAAAGCGAUUAUGGAAAAUAAUAAGAUAUUAUAAUCAUUGUAAAAAUACAGACUGUACAGUGGUUCAUGGUAGCCAAGGCUACAGCUUUACUAAUACUGUUUUUAUUUUUUGUGAAAAGCCUUUUCAUUGUUUUGUUUAUUUCUGUGAUGGAAAUAAUACCAUUUUAUAAAAACAUGUUGUCAACUUUGUUUGCCUUUGAAGAUUCUAAGGAUCACAUACAGAGACCACAUUUUAAAUGAUGAAAC